AUGCAUUAGCAAGAACCCGGAAUUGUCAGUCAUUUGCUGUGGUUAAUCUGGAAAUGGGGGAGUGCGGACUCCAAGGUGUUGUUGCUGAAUUUCAGUGAACCUUUGCAUUAUUUGUUGGAUUUGUCCGUUUUGACAGCGCUACAAUGGACUGAUUUAACACUUUCGAGGAGCGUGAACAAUUGAAGUGCAGUCAUGUUCGGCCGGUCCAGGAGCUGGGUGGGAGGACAGGGGAAGUCCAAGAGCAUCCACUCUUUGGAGCAUUUAAAGUACAUGUAUCACGUCCUGACAAAAAACACCACGGUGACCGACCACAACAGAAAUCUCCUGGUGGAAACCAUUCGCUCCAUAACCGAAAUCCUUAUCUGGGGUGACCAGAAUGACAGCUCCGUCUUUGAUUUCUUUUUGGAGAAGAACAUGUUCGCGUUUUUCCUGAACAUCCUGCGGCAAAAGUCCGGCCGCUACGUCUGCGUCCAGCUUCUGCAGACCCUCAACAUACUUUUUGAGAACAUAAGUCACGAGACCUCGCUCUAUUACCUGCUGUCCAACAACCAUGUGAACUCAAUCAUCGUCCAUAAGUUUGACUUCUCCGACGAGGAGAUCAUGGCGUACUAUAUCUCCUUCCUGAAGACCUUGUCCCUGAAGCUUAAUAAUCACACUGUACAUUUCUUCUAUAAUGAGCACACUAAUGAUUUUGCCCUGUACACGGAGGCCAUUAAAUUUUUCAACCACCCAGAGAGCAUGGUCAGGAUUGCAGUCAGGACGAUCACACUAAAUGUGUAUAAAGUGCACAACCAACAUAUGCUGCACUACAUCCGCGACAAGACGGCUGCACCCUACUUCUCCAACUUGGUGUGGUUCAUCGGGAGCCACGUCAUCGAGCUCGACAAGUGUGUGCAGACGGAUGAAGAGCACAGGAACCGGGGCAAGCUGAGUGACCUGGUGGCUGAGCACUUGGACCAUCUGCACUACCUGAACGACAUUCUCAUCAUCAACUGCGAGUUCCUCAAUGACGUCCUCACCGACCACCUACUCAAUCGCCUCUUCUUGCCCCUCUAUGUCUACUCCCUGGUCGGCAAUGAGCAGGACAAGCGUUUAUCUAUGGGGUCCAGACAUGCUCCUUUUCUACAUCUCUCCACCCGUCUGCUCACUCAGUCAGAAGACCGCAAAAUAAGUCCCCAGGUGUCUUUGUACCUCCUGUCCCAGGUGUUUCUCAUCAUCCAUUACCAGCCACUGGUGAACUCAUUGGCCGAGGUGAUCUUGGACGGGGACCUGUCAGUGUUCUCAGCCCAGGCCGAGCAGGACGCCCAGAAGACCAUGUCAAAUGCAAGCGUCCGGCGCUUCACUAAACCUGCGGAAAGUUUGGAGCGCUCUCUGGAGAUCAACCGGCAGCGAGGCCGCAAGAGGGCGCCGAAGAGGCCCAACUACAAGAACGUGGGCGAGGAAGACGAGGAGGAGAAGGAACCCGAGGAAGGCUCGGACAACCCCGAGAAGGCUAAAGGUACAGAGGCUAGCUUGAAGGGCGGCAAGACGAGUGGGGACAUGGAAGAGAUCGAGAUGGUGGUGAUGGAGAAGUGCAAGGUGUCCGAGCCUUCAGCGCCGACGGAGCAGAAUAUCACGGACGAGGAGAAGACCGCGGCAGCUGCGGCGGGCACCGGUGGUCAGCGGAGCAGGCCCUUCCUGGACAUGGUGUACAACGCACUGGAUUGUGCAACAGAUGAUUACUACGCCCUCUUUGUGCUCUGUCUGCUGUACGCCAUGUCUCACAGCAAAGGUAUCGACCCGCAGCUUCUGCAGAAGAUCCAGCUGCCCGUGCAGGACCAGGAGAGGAGCUGCUACAGCCAGGUGCUUGUGGAAAGGCUCAUCAUGGUGAUGAGUCAGGCCGCUCAGCCCGACGGCAAGGUACGUCUGGCAACGCUGGAGCUGACCUGCCUACUGCUGAAGCGCUCCGUCGUGUCCAUGUCCAGCUGCAUCAUGAAGGACGUCCAUCUGGCCUGUCUGGAGGGCGCCAAAGAGGAGAGUCUUCAUCUGCUGAGAAGAUUUUACAAGGGGGAGGAAAUGUUCCUGGACAUGUUUGAGGAUGAGUACAGAAGCAUGACGAGCAAGCCCCUCAACGUAGAAUACCUGAUGAUGGAUGCCUCUAUAUUGCUGCCCCCUACUGGCACCCCGUUGACGGGAAUCGACUUCGUCAAGCGCCUGCCGUGUGGAGACGUGGAGCGGACGCGGAGGGCCAUCCGCGUCUUCUUCAUGCUGCGCUCGCUCUCGCUCCAGCUGCGGGGGGAGCCAGAGACACAACUGCCCCUCACACGUCCAGAGGACCUCAUCAAGAUGGACGACGUGCUGGAUCUCAACAAUAGUGACCUCAUCGCUUGCAUGGUAGUAACGAAGGACGGUGGACAGGCUCAGCGCUUCCUGGCUGUUGACGUGUACCAGAUGAGCCUGGUGGAACCAGACAGCAAGCGCCUCGGCUGGGGCGUCGUCAAGUUUGCGGGCCUGCUCCAGGACAUGCAGGUCUCCGGCGUUGAGGACGACAGCAGAGCCCUGAACAUCACUAUCCACAAGCCCACGUCCAACCCUCAUGCUAAGCCGUUCCCCAUCCUGCAGGCCAGUUUCGUGUUUGCCGACCACAUCCGCUGCAUCAUAGCCAAGCAGCGGCUGGCCAAGGGCCGCAUCCAGGCCCGGCGCAUGAAGAUGCAACGGAUAGCCGCUCUCCUGGACCUGCCCAUCCAGCCAGCCUCAGAAGCUGUGCUGGGCUUCAGCCAGACGUCAGCCCAGCAGCUGCCCUUCCGCUUCUACGACCAGUCCAGGCGUGGCCUGUGCGAGCCCACCGGCGCGCGCUCCGUCUUCACCUCCGUUGACAAGGUUCCAGGCUUUGCGGUAGCCCACUGCGCUGGGCCUGCGGGCCCCUCCCCCCUGUCGUCACCGUCCCCACCCUCCAGUGGCAGCACAGGUCGCUGUGAUUCAGUCACUGCCAGCACUGCCUCCGGCUCUGCCCAGUCGGCCACCCAGAGCCCCUCAGCAGAUGAUGCCUCGUUCUUGGACCAAACCAACUACUGCCCCCCUGGUGAGGCGGAGCCUAUGGAGACACCGGGCUCCACAUCUCAGCAACAGGCCACGCCCCCAAUACUGGCACCCAGCCUGACCCCGGCGCCCCAGCCCACCAUCUCCCUGUUCCUGGACAAUGGUUCUGACUCCCUGAGCGUGGAGUCCCUGACACUGCUGCCUCCAGCUGACCCCCCCAGCCUGCGCUGCUUGGGUAACCCCCCUGAGGUACGUGGGGGGGGGCUGCCCCACCCUGAAGAGGUGGUAGAGGAGGAGGAGGAGGAGGCAAAGGAGGAUGUAGAGAAGGAGGAGGAGGAUGAGGAUGAGAAGGAUGAGGAGGGCGAUGCACCACAGACUUCUCCAGCAUCACCUCCACCUGUUAUGGACAGCGCACCACCAGCAGAGGAUUAGGAGGCCACAGAAGACCUUCUGCACAGUGAGCUCUGAGAACAGACCAGCCAGCAUGGGGGUGGGGUUAACUGUGACCACACCCCUCUCUCAGUGAUUGGCUGCCUUUCCUCUCUCCCUCCCUCUGUCACUCAUACGUGUGCUUUGCUGUGGAGCGUGCUUUGUGUGUGUGUGUGUGUGUGUGUGUGUGUGUGUGUGUGUGUGUGUGUGUGUGUGUGUUGCUGUUUUUUUUUUUUCUAUCUGGACAUUGACGUGCUGACCUGUUAAGAGACAAAGGUCCAAUACAAAUAGUCAAAGCACAGCUGACUUAAUGAAUUCCCUUCAGUCUGGCUUGGUGCUGUUUUGUACUUUUUGGGUGUGUGUGUGUGUGUGUGUGUGUGUGUGUGUGUGUGUGUGUGUGUGUGUGUGUGUGUGUGUGUGUGUGUGUGUGUGUGUGUGUGUGUGUGUGUGUGUGUGUGUGUAGGCCGUUGCUGCAGUGCCUGAGCACUGCUCCUCUCUAGCGUGUUACCAGUCAAACACUGAUGAAUGUGAUGCCGUCUUAAUGCAGGUAUUAAGUCCUUUCGAGCCGCACUGAAGCUCGGGUUUCCGGCACAGAUUUCUGAGAGAUGCAUCUCCCAGGCUGGCACUGUGCCCAGGCUGUUCCCCGCCUGCUGGCCUCUGCUUCCUAGUACAGGCUGACUGUGAGCCAGUGCUUAGUGGAAGAUGAAUUGACCUCUUUCUCUUCACUGGAUAAUUUUUUUUUCUGCUAACUGUAGAGGGCUCCUGUCCGUAGGAUGUACCUUCUGUCGGAAUCGCGUCACCCUGACGGAGGACACCAUGUGCUCCUGGUAUCACCUGACCUUUAGCUCUCUGCCUGUUCCAUUCGCAUCUGCACUGGGUUCUCUUUUAUUUCCCUGCUCUUAUUGCUCGUCCACACUCUGUCUGUGCCCGUCUGUCCCCUUUCGGGGGUCUGUCCGCCAUCCCCACCACCGCCUUAUUUUCUCGUCCUUUCUGCCCCCUCCCUCCAACAUUAUUUUACGAUCAUUUCCAUUCCCUGAAUUUCCAACUAUCGGAAUUACACAACAGCACCAGCCGGACCUCCUGGGUCGAUGCAUCGCUGGCUGACAUGUGGUGCCGACCACCGGCAGGAUUGUGGGAUUGAACAGGCACCCCUGACAUGGGUGUGGUCCUCCCCACUGGGGACUCCCCCAAUCAGUGUGAUAUCAGAGAAGGGGUGUCCCCUGAGAGAUGGUGAUCCUGACACGAAACCUGGGCAGCGCGUGAGUUCUCGACCUGCCGAAAAUGGGAGAUGACAAGAGCAGGAUCCACCUGAGGGGACGUGCUCGGGGGGGGGAGUGCCAUCUCCGCUGCUCCUCCUCCACCGGAUUUCCCGGGAGAUGGGAUGCCUGAAAUUCCUCACCCAGGUUCAGUUUACGAGCGGUCGAUCGCAGGAACGAGAGAGGCAAAAAUGAUAGCAAUAGUGUGCGUUACCCUCAACCUGCACCAGACUGUCGAACUGUGGGAAUGUACAUAGUUUCGCCACGACGGAAACGCGUGUAAAAUUGGACAAGGCUGCAUGUGUUUACGUCCUGUACAAAUCCAUCUGCUUCUGAUAUGUUGUCAUGCACAAGUUACUGAUGGAAGUUGUUAAUAAAUUGCAAUAAAUGAUUGUACUCUGGGCUUCA